AUGACAGCUGCGCCUCGACGAUUUGAGACAUCGUUGAACGCCACAUCCACUGCCUCCGCAUUCCUGCCCGAUCUUACGUCAGGAAUCGAAACAAUAUCCAUCAUCCGACUCAACCUGGACUGGGAUUACCUCCGAGUCUCCCACGGAAAAGCCCACACUAUCUUUUUAUUCGACUUCAUCCACGAUCUCCGCGCCUACGACCCCAAAGGCCGCGGUCUCCAGCACCUAGUCGCAGAAGGAUCCGACUACCGGACAUCAACCCACAACCCAUCGCCACUCAAGCACACCUUCGCCGAAGGCCCCUCCCUAGACGCCUUCAGAGCCACCGCCGCAAAAAACCUCAAAAGCCUCUGGUUCAAGUGCACACCGCGCGGCGCCCGCGCCCUCAACGUGCUGGACUGGAGGCGCGUGCACGUCUUCAACUACGGCGUCCCCGUGUUUCCCAACUUCACCUUCUUCGACGCACCGCUACCGGAUCCAAGGGUCGGCAUCGUGCGGGAUCUCGAAAAGAUUGGCGGGACCGUGUAUGAUCCGAGGGAGGGCCCCCUCGGCUGGCGGAAGCUUCUUCGUGAUGCUGGCGUACGGCCUGAGGACGUGGCAAACAGAGGUCAGGACCGAGAUCUGGACGUCCGUAUCAUGUACGCCUCGAGCGAGGAGGGUUCCAUUCGCACCCGCGAGGAUGCGGCGAGGGUCCUUCAUGAAGAGGACUUUCGGUGGCUUGAGCUGCAGUGGUGGUUUCAUGGGAGUGGAGGAGGAGACGAGCAGCUGGUUGAAGGCGUUGACGAAGAUGUCAGCGAGGUCGCUGACAACGGAAUCGACGAAUGUAUCGAUGAAGACAUAGAAGAGAUAAUCAACGUAAGACAUGGUGUAAAGACGUAUAGCCACAGCCUGUAG